CAAAAUAAGAUUGCUAUUUAUUGAGCCACAAGCUACAAGUCGGUUUCGAAUCGAAUAUUGUAUUGACGGUGAUUCUUUCCUUUUCAGAAAGAUUUACUGUAAGAAUUAAAUUAAUUAUUAGCUUAAUAAUUUUAUAUAAUUAAAAUGGAAUCCAGCAAAUCCGAAUCUACUCCGAAACAAGCCAUGGUAUACAUCUGCGGAGAGUGUCAUCACGAUAACGAGAUUCGUCCCAGAGAUCCAAUUCGAUGCAGGGAAUGUGGAUACAGAAUCAUGUAUAAGAAACGCACAAAAAGACUUGUUGUAUUUGAUGCACGAUGAAUAUAGAAUAAAUGAUAUAUGUGAUACAACAAAUGACGAAUAUGUGAUACAAGAUUAAUUUCCUCUGAAUUUAUUAGAAUAUUUUAAUAUAAAGAUCAUUUAAGUUUUAAUAAAACAGUAUUCAACAUU